AUUAUUGGUGGAUCAUCGCGAAGACUUUUAGAUGGGCUGGUGAAUGAUCUUUGUCAGUCAGGUGAUGCGGGAACAUGCAUGCAUUCAAUCAAUGUAUUACUAGGUGGUAUGGAAGGCAUUCAACAACGUCUCCGGCUACUUCAUGGGAUCAUUUUGCAGGCUAUGGGGACAGGAGAGGAGUUGCAGCGAGUAUAUUUGAUAUCCCAUCAAGCAUCUAGCCUCAUCUUAGCACUGGAGGACUUGCUCAUGCAUGUCAUGGUCAACCCUCACAAUGUGCUGGAAGGUCAUACACGCGGUGAGCUAUUAUACCAGACUAUGUAA